AAAGAGGGCAGGGAGGAAGUGUUAAGAGGACCAUGCCCCUCUCCGUAGGCCUCGCCCCUGUCUGUCAGGAGGGGCAGUGACUUCAGAAUCCCAGCUCAGUGGCAUCACAGCGGCCUGUGAAAGCACAGGACGGCUGGACUCAGAGGGACAGCUCGGCAGGGAGGAGGGGGAGACAGCCAGCUCUGCCCGCUGGCGCUGAGAGCCAUCUCCAAGUUCUCGUGCGGUGCGUCUGCCCGCUCCUCCCUGUGGGCUCUUCAGCAGCAACUGGAGGCAAAGGUGGAGGAACCGGUUUUCCUGUUUGCUGGGACACCUCUGGCUUUUCCUGACCGGCAUGGGCAAGUGGGGUGACCCGGGGAUGCGAGUGCCUGGGCCCUGAGCCGCUCUGAUGCCGGAUGAGUCACCCCUCUCCGCUGACAGUCUGGGGAGCAGCUGUCUGGAGCAGAUGGCCCUGCCCUGUUUUACCUUGAACCUGGGAAAUUGAUUUGCCCCUGGGGGUGGAUGUGGGACGGGAGCCCAGGAUGCUCCAGCUCGUUUGGAAAGUGGGAAUGGGAACCCCAGCUCCCCUCAUCCUCCAGGAUUUCAAGAGGCCCUCACAAGGUACAAGGUGAGAAACUGCUCUGAGAAAUGAGGUCACCAGGCCAGAGUGUCCCAGGGGAGUGCCCAAGGCCCAGGUGGUGGAACCCAGGCAGAUCCCAUAGUGACCACAAGGGGUCAGCAGACAGUUGCGCUUAGGCGCUCAGCAGGCUGCCUGCCUGUGUGUGCUGCCGAGGAGACCCACAUCCCCGCCCAUGCCCUGGUAGAGUCAGGAGGUAUUGUCUGCUAUUGCAUUUCAGAUCUGGGUCCUGCUGUUGACCCUGAGAGUCUGCAGGGCCGGGAUGUGGGGAGGGGGAGGCGCUGAGGGGACAGAGCAAGGGCACGCGUUGGACUGAGCCCUUCUGCCCCCGGUCCCCGAGGGAGCCUCUUUCCACCUGCAGCCCUUGCAUCUGCACCUCGUGGGUGGGGGAGCUGGGGGCGGUCUCUGCCCUUGGCUGCCUCUCUCAGAUCCUGCGAUGGGGCACAGAGCUCUGCACACACAGCGCUUCCAAAAUAGCUGCUGCUCUGAGCGAUGCCAGAAAACCCCGGGCGUAUACAGCAGUGUGCUUUCAGGGUGAGCUUUGCUUUCCAUCCAUCCACCCACCGGUUCACUCAAAUGCCCACAACACCCAGGGCUGGGCCAGACCAAAGCCAGGAGUCAAGAGUUUUAUCCAGUCUCCCACAUGGGUGGUAGGGGCCCCAACACUUGAUCCAUCCUCCUCUGCUUUUCCCAGGCCAUUAGCAGGGAGCUGGAUUGGAAGUGGAGCAGCCAGGACACGAACUGGUGCCCAUUGGGAUGCAGGCGAUGCAGAUGGUGGCUUUACCCACUGUGCUACAACGCUGCCCCCCAAAUGGCAUCUUUACCACUAUGCCAAGUGCCUGCUCCUCACACUGGCCCUCUGGCCAUCACAUUUCCUUCCACUCCUCAUGUAGUUUAAUCUGUGCGCCUGUUGCCUGCACUUCUUUUAUAAUGACUGAGCUGGAAGCCUGGUUAGCCUCAGCCGCAGCUUGUCUGGGAUGUGGGCUGUGCUGUGUGUUUCCUUCCGGGCCGCAGCAGGAGGCGCACGGCGUCGCCUGUCCUUGUGUUUCUGGUGAGGCCAAGAUUGAUCGGCACGUUCGGCUGAUGUCACCUGUUCUUUCCCAAAGUUCUCCAUCAACCUCACCAACUUAGCAGCUGGUGAUGAUCUUGACCUUGGUCCACUUUCUCACUGGGAGUCCCGGAAGGGUGGUGCUUUGUUCCGACUCUGUCAUUUCUUCUGCAUGUAUUAGCUUUCUUCUCUAAAGAGUCUCCCCUCAUAAACUCUUCGGUUGCUAUGAGAUUCAGGCAGCACAGGAGAGGCAGGAUACAGGCUAAAUUCUUCCCCUUUAUUAUUUUCUGAAUGGUGUCCUACUAACCUUCAAGGAGACCGAAAACGAUGUGUAUUUUUGUUUUGUCUUUUGUAACUUUAGGAAGUUGAGGCUUUAACUUUUGAAUUUUUAUGUAGUUGAUUUGUGAGCCUAUUGCAAUCAUUAUCGUUUUUAAAAAUAACCUGAGAGAUAUAUAUAUAUAUCUUCAACCUGCUGGUUCACUCCCUGAAUGUAACAUCCAGGGCUGGGCCAGGCCAAAGCCAAGAGCCUAGAACUUAAUCUCGGUCUCUUACGUGGGUGGCAUGGACCUCAGUACCUGAGCCAUCACUGGCUACUCCCAGGGUGUGCGUUAGCAGGAAGCUGACCUGAGCCUGAGCCCACAGCCGGGACUGGGGCCCAGGCACUUUAACAGGGGUGCCAGUGGCCCAGGUGGCACCUUAACCAAAACACCUGCCGGGCCUUUACCUCAGCUUUGCUGAGCUACUUAUCAUUUCCAAGACAAACUGUUCUCUCCUGAUGUGGGGCAUUGUGCACACUGGUGUCUUUGCUUCUUUGCUUUUGUCAACCUAAAAAAAAAAAAAAAUCAGAGAGAGUCUCCAAGGAAUAUUUGGAAAUAGCAGAGAACUGCAGUGGGAAUACGCAUGCCAUAGAAACCGCGAGCAAGCUCCAGAGGUGAGGCAGGGAGAAGUUAACAGGAAAGACCGGAGGCUGGCACCCAACGUUCUGACACGGCCUCCGUGGCCACAGGGACUCCGGCUGAGGCAGGUGCACCUGUGGACGCAUGGUUUGUGUAAGGUCAUGGCGGCUUCCGGAUCCUGCUGGCUCCGGCACGGUCUUCUGUGGCACCUGCUGACCGGCAAUCGCGCGUAAGAAGCUUCACAAGCGAGCCCAGUUCCGAGGACGCUCACAGCCCACGAGACCUCGCGCGUCUGGCCACGCCCUGUCCUCUGGGCGAAAACCUGGCGCCUUCAGUGCGUCCUUUUCACCUGCCCUGGCAGAACUAAUGACGUAAGGCCCUGACGUCUCAGGGGGCGGGGCCACGUCUUGCAGGUAUUUGUUUACUAACCGGCUCCUCUCCUGGAGGGCUGAUGGGAACAUAGCACGCCCAGACUUCUCCCGUUGCUCUGCUUCCCCGGCUUGUCCACCUUGGUCUCUUUGCUCUCCGCUCUGGCCUCGGUUUAACACAUUUCCCCCAAUAUUUCUUUAUUAUUAUUAUUAUUAUUAUUAUUUACUUGAAAGGCAGAGUUACAGAGAGUCAGAGGCAGAGAGGGAGAGGGAGAAGAAGGAGAGAGAGGUCUUCCACUCGCUGGUUCACUCCCUAAUUGGCCCCAAUGGUCAGAGCUGCACCAAUCUGAAGCCAAGAACCAGGAGCUUCUUCUGGGUCUCCCAUGCAGGUGCAGGGGCCCAAGGACUUGGGCCAUCUUCUACUGCUUUCCCAGGCCACAACAGAGAGCUGGGUUGGAAGUGGAGCAGCCAGGACUCAGACCAGCGCCCAUAUGGGAUGCCGGCACUGCUGGCAGCGGCUUUACCCGAGACACCACAGUGCCAGCCUCUCCCCACCCCCCAGCAUUUCACAGAGCGCUUCAGGUGCCUUUGUUACAAAUUGGGAAUGAGGUAUUAGCAUCUUCCUCCGCAGAGGAGCAAGCAGCAGCUCAGAGAGACGCUGUUGACUAUCCCACAGUCAGGGGUUGCUCAGCUGGGAUUUCCUUAGUGGGUCUGGCUCCUGGAGUCCAAGAUGUCCCUCCCCCACACCACCGUCCAUCAAGACAUGGUCCAUGGACCUGGGCUGUGGCAUAGUGGGUUGAGCUGCCAUCUGCAGCGCCAACACCCCCAUUUGAGUGCUGGUUCAAGUCCUGGCUGCUCCUCUUCCAAUCCAGCUCCCUGCCAGUGUGCCUGGGAAGGGCAGUGGAAGAUGGCCCUAGUGCUUGGGCCCCUGCACCCACGUGGGAGACCCAGAAGGAGUGCCAGGCGCCUGGCUGCAGGCCUGUGGGGAGUGAACCAGCAGACAGAAGGUCUCUCUCUGCAACUCUGCCUUUCAAACAACUAAUCAUAAGAAAGGUACAGUGAACAGCAAGCACUUUACCCCAUUUCCCUGCUCCCCAGAGGCAGUCACCUUUCCUUGGGGGUACCUCUGCACCCCAAUGUUGGAGGCCCCCUGUCGUACUCACAGGACAGACCAAGAUGUGCAGAUGUCAGUGCUAUGGGCUCCCAGCAGUGGUGUGGUAAGACCACCAUUCUGGGACAAGGCUCCAAGCAGGGGUCCCAGAGCCCCCCGCAGAGACGGCAGGGACCCCCCUGCUCAGCAGGUGUGUCCGUGUCCGCACGCCUGCCUUCUGGGACUGGCCCGUCCACCGCCCGUGGAGGAGGCGGUUCUGCACAGGUCGUGCUGUCACAAGCCAAGGCUGGGCUGCUGGGUAACGGGCGGCUCGGGCAGGUGAGUGUGCUGGGAGAGGAGCCUGCACAGAAGGGAGAGGGAGGGGUCAGGGCAGGAGCAGCCCGGACGUGACCUCCCAAACUGGUCAUUUGGAACGACCCCCGAAGCUCCCCCUUCGGAGAGUUUCUUUAACAUCAGUGACGCUGGUGUCAGAUCCCUUUGGGAACCAAGCAUGCUGUCUCUAGAAAAAAGUGUCCCUGGAUGCUGCAAGCAUCAAGGGAGUCGCGAGAACCUCUUACUUGUGUUCCUUGUGGCUAAAACGCUUGGCUUACUAAAAAACAAAAACAAAACAACCUUGUCUUUUAGCGCCCCCUGGCCGGCCCCAGGUGCUUCAGGUGCAUUUAGUGGGUUCUGAGCGCUGCACCUGCUGCCGCCUCCUUCUCCCGAGCUGCAGCCAGCCGCGGGGUGGGGUUGGGAGCGGGGAGGCGUCGGCGCUGGGAAGAGCGGCGCUGGCAGCCGGCGGGCUGGGCGUUCAGUAUUGUUUUUCCCCAGCGCCUGGCACGGGCUGGGACGCGGGCAGGGGUGGCAGCCCGCGACGCGCCCUCCCCGCCGCUUGCCCCGCCCGCCCAGCGCAGGUGCACAGGUGCACAGGUGCUUCCCAGGGCGCGCUCCCAGGGCCCGGCCCGGGGGUCCAGAUCGGAUCCCCGACUCGCCCGCAGGACAACAGCCGGCGGGCGCGGGGCAGGCCGCGCGCACGCGACGGCGCCCCCGGCCCGCCCCACCCCCACGGCCGGCUCGGCCGCGCUCGGGUCUCCGGGCUCUAUGGGGAAAGCGGCCGCUCCGAGCCGAAGCGGGGGCUGCGGCGGCCGCUCCCGCGGGCUCUCGUCGCUCCUCACCGUUGUCCCCUGCCUGUCCUGCCACACGGCGGCGCCGGGCAUGAGCGCGCCCACCCCCGGCUCCGAGCUGGAGCUCCAGCCCCAGCCGGUGCGGGUACCGGAGCCGGCGUCGCUGGCGGAGCAGGCGUGGGAGCCGGUUUCUGAGCGCGCUCUCAAGAUGUCUGAGCGAUCCGAGAGGAUGUCGGAGCCAGGGCCGGCGACCGGGCAGGGAUUGGAGCUGUCGCUGAAGGUGCGGCCGAGGUCGGAGUCCAGCCCGUGCGGGGCGGCGCCCGCGACCCCCUCCAGGGCUUCCUCGGAGCAGCUGGCCCCGGCCGUGGGGGGCGCGCCGGGGCCCAAGACCGAGUCGGGGCUGGUGCCGGCCAUAAAGCCGCUGCCGCUCCUGCGACCCGGACAGGCCAAAGCACCGCUCGGGGUUCCGGCGACAGCGACUGGCCCGAGCGCCAGCACCCCCAUGGGCUCCCUGACUCUGGACAGCUUCAAGGGCUGGCUUCUCAAGUGGACCAACUACCUGAAGGGCUACCAGCGCCGCUGGUUCGUGCUGGGCAAUGGCUUGCUGUCUUACUACAGGUACGGAAGUGCCCAGGUGUGGGGCGUCCGAGGGGGGCGGGAGGCGGCUGACGGGGCGGGGAGGGGGACCCCCAAGCCCAGGUACCCAGGGCAAGGUACUUGGCAGCUUGUGCUCCAGCAGGAGGAGCAAUGCCUUUGGCCAAGGGCUGGGAACCCUGACCUGGCUCCCCCAAGCGUGGGUACACCUGUGGACAGAUCGCUGGCGGGCAGGGAGAAGAGGAGGUGGUCAGAGGGCUCCUGUCCCGGCAGUUGUGGGACCUGCGGCGGCUGCUUGGAGUCAGCGGCCGACAGAGAGUCCUUGCCCUUUCUGGCUGGGGAGAUGCGGUCACCCUAUUAGGGACCGGGGCGGGGGGGGAGGGGGCGCCAGUCAGGUGCUUGUGCGUGGCACCCGCUCAUGGGAAGGGCUGCUCACUUACCUGCACAUCGCCCACCGUUCCGAUGCCUGCCUUGGGCCGGGCACAGCAGACUCACAGAUGCAGCGGAUACAGCAGGUGGUCUUCUGGGUUGGAACCCAGCUUGGCACUUUGUGGGGGGCGAGGUUAGGAUUAUCCCGGGAGCCGUGUGGGAUUGCAGAGAUAACCAACCCUAUUCCCCCCGGGUAUGUCUCCUGGGAGGGUUGGGUUUAAGCCUUGAGAGUUCAGAUCGCCCAGAGCAGUGUUCAAACCUGAAGGGGCAUUAGCAUUCCCUGCAGGGCUUGGUAAAACACAGGUGCGGGCCUGCUUGCUGAGAUUCUGAGGCUCUGGGCGCAGGCAGGGGGCUCUGAGUGGGCCUUGCGAACGGGUUCACAGGUGAGGCCCAUGUUGCAGGGCAGACCCAGCUUUAUCUAUUUGCUGAAUGAAAUUCACAUCACUCUGCUCACCUCCCCCGGCCAGGGGUAGCCCUCCUGCACCCUGCAGCGUUCCUACGGUCCUUCCUAGUCAUUUAGCAUUUUUAAAGUUUUAUUUAUUUAUUUGAAAGGCAGAGUUACAGAGAGAGUAAGAGAGAGAGAGAGAGGUCCUCCAUCUGCUCAUUCAUUCCCCAGAUAGCCGCAAUGGCCGGAGCUGCACCGAUCUGAAGCCAGGAGCCAGAAGCUUCAUCCAUGUCUUCCACGCGGGUGCAGGGGCCCAAGCACCUGGGCCAUCUUCCACUGCUUUCCCGGGUGCAUUAGCAGAGAGCUGGAUCGGAAGUGGAGCAGCUGGGACUCGAACCGGUGCCCAUCGCUGGCCCCUUUCCUAGUCCUUCAGAGACAGGCUUCUAGAGGCGUGUGGCAUCCCUGUGAAGCUCCUGGGAACGUGGGGGUCCCGCUGAAGCUAAGCGAUGGCUCCCACUCCGAGAUGGGGCACCCCUGCCUGUUGUUCAUUCGCAGUGGCGGCGAAAGCUGAGCUGUGUUGCGAAGGUGCCCUUCUCACAAGGUUUCUGUGUGCUCCUUGGUCCACUUGGCUGCACCAUAGGAGGAUGCUUAAAACAGUUCACGGAGGAGCGAAUGGCCAGCCUAGCAGGGAGGUGCCAGCUAGGCUGCCCACGAUCCCCAGUGGAGCUCCUGUCUCCGGCUUCUGACUCCAGCCCCCAGCUGAUGCAGACCCUGGAAGACAGGGGUGAGCACUCAGGCAGCUGCGUCCCUGCCACCCACGUGGGAGACCUGGGAAGAGUUCACUUCAGCCUUUGAGGGCAUUUGGGGAGUGAACCAGCAGAUACACUGUCUCACCGCCUUUCAAGUAAAUCAAUAAUUAGCUUUAAAAAAAAAAAAACAAACAUUAGAAUUACUUUGUUGUAAAAAGUUUUUGAAAUCCAUGCAUAUUGGGUGGAGGGUGUCUUUAAAAAGUUCAUGAAAAGGGGCUGGCGCUGUGGCUCAGCAGGUUAAAGCCCUGGCCUGCAGUGCUGGCAUCUAAUAUGGGUGCCGGUUCGAGUCCCGGCUGCUCCACUUCCGAUGCAGCUCUCUGCUGUGGCCUGGGAAAGCAGUAGAAGAUGGCCCAAGUCCUUGGGCUCCUGAACCCAUGGAGACCUGGAAGAAGCCCCUGGCUCCUGGUUUCGGCCUGGCUCAGUCCUGGCUGUUAGUGGCCAUUUAGGGAGUGAACUAGAGGAUGGGAAAUCUCGCUCUCUCACUAACUCUGCCCUUCAAAUAAAUAAAUACAUCUUAAAAAAAUUCAUGAAAAAUACGUAGUACAAAGAAAGCUAUGCAUGCGUUUCUAAACUUCGGUGCACCUAAAUUCACUUCUCUUUUACUCCCAUAUUUCCAUGAGUGUUGUGGAGUCCCCUUGCACGUACGACAGCGCGGUGUCCUUGGAGUUAGGAGCAGUGGCCUUUUCCUCUCACUCCCCACACCCUGGCGUGCGACCGUUUCACCAGGACAUACCAUGACAGUGAUUUGCUAUCAGUGUCGCUCUGUGGCAAAGGACGUAACAUGCGGCGCCUGUCAGCUACGGUCCCUGUGCUCUGUUCUACGUUUCAUUCAUUUCAACCUCGCGGCCGCGCUGUGAGAUGGAUUCCUGUAUUGUCCUGCUGUGCAGGCUGUUUGGCGCUGCUCCCAUCCCCACUUCCAGACCAGGCACAGCCAUCCCUGGAGCUGGGGUCAAAGGCCCAGCCCCCUCCAGGCCUGCGGCUCAGUCCUGCACACAGAGGUAAGCACGUGUCUCUCCUCCUCCAGCCUUCUCCCACGCUCAGCUCUCAGAACUGCUCCAAGCGCGUGCGACAGAGGCAAGGUGCAGCGCUUGUGAGCCGGAAGGGGAGCACAAGAAUUUUUAAAAAUUCCUCGACCUCGUUUUCAUAGGGGCCAGCUCUUGGGCAGCCAGGCCUACCUGCUGGCUUUUGGAAAGAUCACUCUCCAAUAUUUACUUUUCACUAAGGAAGCCUGAGGUUUGGAGAAAAAGUGGGUUUGUUUUUUGUGGCUGCGCACAAUUCUAUCCCAUCUUUUGGCCUUUCCUCUGCAGAAUAACUCUUUUUUAAAAGUUAGAGAUUAUUAGAGAUUUAUUUAGAGAUUAUCAUUUAUUUGAAAGUCAGAGUUACAAGGGAGAGAGAGGGAGAGAGAUAUUCCACCCACUGGUUCACUCCCCAAGUGGCUGCUGCAACAGCUAGGGCUGAUCUGAAGCCAGGAGUCAGGAGCUUCUUCCAGGUCUCCCACGUGGGUGCAGGGGCCCAAGGACUUGGGCCAUCUUUCACUGCUUUCCCAGGCCAUACCAGAGAGCUGGAUCAGAAGUGGAGCAGCCAGGACUCGAACUGGCGCCCACCCGGGAUGCCAGCACUGCAGGUGGCAGCUUUCCUCACUACGCCACAGCACUGGCCCCUCCAGGAUGACUCUUAUCCCAAAUGCUGACCACCUUCCCCUUUCACUCCUUUCUCCUUAGUUUUAUCUACAUGCAAAUUUAAAAGCCUCUAUGUUUUAUUCAAUUAUUUGUAGCUUUAUAGAAAAAUGUAUAUAUAUAUAUAUAUAUAUAUAUAUAGAGAGAGAGAGAGAGAGAGAGAGAGAGAGAGAGACGAUACUUCAAAAAGUUUGUGGAAAAAUGGAAUUAAAAGACAACUUUAUUUUGGUGCAAAAAAACUGAAAUUCAUGCAUAUACCGAGCCUUCAGAAAGUUCAUGGAAGAGUAAUGUUUAUUAUAAAAAAAAAGUGCCUGGAUUUCAAUUCUUUUGCACCAAAAUAAUGUAUCUUUAAUUUUUUUAUAUUUAAUUUUAUUUGAUCUCUCUCACACACACAUGUGCUGGUUCACUCCCCAAAUGCUAGCAACAUUUGGGCCAGGCCAAAGCCUGGCAUAGAACUCCAUCCAGGUCUCCCACUUGGGUGCCAGGGACCCGGGUACUUGAGCGCCACCUACUGCCUCCCAGGGUGUUAGCAGCAGGUUGCUGAGAUCUGAACAGAGCUGGGACUUGGACCCAGAUACCCCGAUGUGAUGUGUGGGUGUCCCAGGAGGCAUCUUAACCCCUAUGACAAAUGUCCACCCCAAACCUACCUUUUUAUUCAGAUUUCCUGCAUAUAUUUUGAAGGAUCCUUAUAUCCAUAUGUCAUAUUUAUCUGUAUUUUACAUUUUUAGCUUUAUGAAGAAGUAUACAGAGGUCGGUAUUGUGGUGCAAGGGUUCACCUACUCCCUGUUACACCAGCAUCCCAUGUGGGCACUGACUCAAAUCCUGGCUGCUCCACUUCCAACCCAGCUCCCUGCUGAUGCACCUGGGAGAGCAGCAGAGGAUGGCCCAGCGCUUGGGUCCCUGCCCCCCACGUGGAAGACCAGGACGAAGCUCCUGGCUUCAGGCCAGCCCAGCCCUGGCUGUUGCAGCCAUUUGGGGAAUGAACCAGCAGAUGGAAAAAUCUUUUUCUAUCUGUCUCUUUCUCUCUGUAUCUCUGCCUGUCAAAUAAGUAAAUUUUUUGGGGAAAAGUCUACAUUUGUGUGAUAAGGGUCAGCAUUAUGAUUAUUAUCCUGACUGCUGUGGAAACCCCGGGAUGUGACAGUAGCACUUCUUAUUUGUGAAUUUUUCUGUUGCUGGGACGCCCUGAAGGUUCUUGUACAUACUCAGGAGUUUAUUUUGAAUGAAAUUGUUGGAUUAUAGAGAAUGCGAGCGUUCCCCAUUCACAACACCCGACUGUUUCCCAAGGCAUGUGUACCGAUUUGUAGCGCUACUGGCAACGAGCAAGGGAAUUCUGUGGGCCUCCAGGAGCAGUUCAGAAAACCCAUGGAAAUACAGAAUUACGAUAAAGCAUAAAAACAUUUUUGAAACCCAUGCAUGGAUUUUUUUCAAAAUACACAUUUUUCAUGAGCUUCCGAAGACCUCUCAUACGGGGUUAAUAGCAUUUAUAUUAUCAGGAAUAAAAAUAUGCUUUGUAAAUACUGUCUCACAUAGGAAGUAUUUCUGGGGGAUAUGGGUAAUUCUUGGCAGAGUUUUACUUCUUUCCAACAAUGUGCUAAUGAUAUAAAUAAGGCAGAAGAUGACAGGGUUCUUAUUGUAUUACGUGGCGCUGUUCAUUGUCUUGUUUUUGGAUACCAAUGAGGAGGAUAUGAUUUUGCAUUCUAUUUUUUUUUCACUUGGUGGAUCCCAUUUUAAAAAAGUCCAUCCCCUGUUCUCAUCUCGUAGGGAACCUGCAGUUCCUCCAAAUCGGGGAAGAAUUCGUAAGUGGUGCAGGAUUUUAAAAGACACAGACGUUUGCCUCAGCCAAUCAUUAUGGAGACGAGUGCUCCAAACGCCAAGUCUUAUCCAGGUUCAUGAUGGAAAUUGAUUAGGUGGAGCGAAGGUUUGCUGCUUUGCCGGUUGUCCAGCGCGGUUACAAAUGACGCUUGUUUCCAAGGAAAUGAUUUCGACAGAAGCGUCUGUUUUCGUGGUUGUGGUGUUGUUCAGACUGAUGUAAGCCAGGGAAGCCCUUGCCAAAGUGAGCCUGGAUGGAGGCUGCAGUUCCGGGACGGUGGCCUUUGAACGUGGCCGAGCGGGAGCACUGAGUAUUUGGUGGACUGGGCGUAUUUUGGGGUGCUUGGCACACCACACCAUCGCUGUCGUUAGGGCAGGUGCUCCAGUCUUUCCUCCAGUGGGCUCAGCUCUCAAAAGCCAACUGUUUUGGAGACUCCAAGAAACUCAGGAAUGUUUUCGUGUCCAUUUGGCCGAUACUCCAAGGAUGGGAGGUAGAGAUGGACACCACCAUCCAGUUGCAAAAAAUGCCCCUGAAAAUGGCGAGGGUGUGAUCUGUGGGGGAAGCCGUCGAGGUCCCACAGACAGACUGGACACCCGAGGGGGUGGCCUUCUUAGAUUGGAUUCAGCUUCCUUUGAACCAUCCAUCAUUCAGUAUUUCCUACCGUGAGACCAACACAUUCUGUUCAUGGUUAGCACAGGGGUGUCGCAAAGCGGUGACCAAGGGACUAGGCGGCACCUCUAGGAGGAUCGCGGUGCACGUCCUUGGCGAGGGUUGUAACUCCCCCUGCCACUGGCUCCUCCUCCCUGUGCCGGAGACCUCCGAGUCCUGCCCGAUGUCCCCUGCUCCCCUCGUCCCACGGCAGGUGGGAUUUCCCACCCCUGCCCGUCUGUCCUUGAGCUCCUCGCGUCCAUCCUCGCUGCUACAUCAUGACUUAGGUCUGCCUUCUGCUUGACCCGUGUCCCAGCUUCCAGCUUCUGCCCUGCUCAGUCCUCCACCCCACCAGCCCUGGAGUUGCCACACCGCCACGAUUCUCUUUCAAGUUCCAGCUCCCAUGCAAGCCAAUGCUUGCGUUGAAUUCCUCCUCUCUGAAAUACCUCCGGUGGCUCCUGGCUGACCCGAGGACCAGGUUGUCCUUCUCUGGGAGUUUGCAGACUGUGUCUGUGGACAUCUCUGUAGACUAACUCGUGCCGCAGGGACCCCAGGACCAAGUCCAGCACCUCUGUAUUCCAGCGCUUUGCCACCGCUGUGCCCAGUCGCUUGGUUAGUCUGUGAUUGGAGGCGUGAACAAGUGAUCGAGGAUUGCCUGUGAGUUUAUGGGAGUUCAGAAGGCCAAGUAUCGUGCUGCCAGACACUUCUCUGAACUCAUCUUCGGCUCCAAAAAGCCAUUUGCUGAAAGAAGAUUAGAAGGAUAAACUGGAGGUGACAGGCUUGAGCCGGGAGCGCCAGGAAAUGACAGUUAGGAAAGGUGGACCCGACAGCCCUGGUGGGUUGGCAGUAACGGAUGCCUGUGGCCCCCACUGUGUAUUUCCACAGGGAUCUGGGUGUCCGUGUGGCCUGUGGGUACCUACAGUGGUUUGUCACUGUGUAGACUUGCCAGUGGCUGUGAGACUGGGGAGCAGGGACAAAGCCUUCAGAAAUUUCUUAUUUUUCAUUUGUUUGAAAGGGGGAGAGGAGAGAGAAGCAGAGAGAAGAGAGAGCGAGCGAGCGAGCUUCCAUCUGCUGGUUCACUCCCCAGAUGGCUGCAACAGCUGGGGCUGGGCCAGGCCAAAGCCUGGAGCUUGGAACUUCCUCUGAGUUCCCCAUGUGAGCGUCAGGGACCCAGGUCCUUGAUCCAUCACCUGCUGCCUCCCGGGGUGUGCAUCAGCAGGAAGCUGGACUCAGAAGCAGAGCCGGGACUUGAACCCAGUCCCUCCAGCAUGGGAUGCGGGCAUCGCCAGCCACAUCGCCACUGCUGCACCACACCCCCACCCCAAGAUAAAGGGUUGUUUUUGUUUGUUUGUUUGUUUGUUGACAGGCAGAGUGGACAGUGAGAGAGAGAGAGACAGAGAGAAAGGUCUUCCUUUGCCGUUGGUUCACCCUCCAAUGGCCGCCGCGGCCAGCACGCUGCGGCCGGCACACCGCACUGAUCCGAUGGCAGGAGCCAGGUGCUUCUCCUGGUCUCCCAUGGGGUGCAGGGCCCAAGGACCUGGGCCAUCCUCCACUGCACUCCCUGGCCACAGCAGAGAGCUGGCCUGGAAGAGGAGCAACCGGGACAGAAUCCAGCGCCCCAACUGGGACUAGAACCCAGUGUGCCGGCGCCGCAAGGCGGAGGAUUAGCCUAGUGAGCCGCUGCGCCGGCCAAGAUAAAGGGUUUAAAAGGACUCUCCACACGACAUAAACCAGGAUCCUGUGCCCCUGAGAGCUUUUUCCUUGCGUGCGUUACUUGUGCGAGUUGCGGAUCGAAGACGAGCCUUCCUCCCUUAGGGGUUCAUACACCUGGAUAAUAGGAUUUGCACAUGCGGUCUGUGGGUGUCCUAGCAAUUCUCAGCGUGUGUGUGGUUGCAGUGAGCAGGCGCGGCCCUGCCGUAUGCAAGAGGAAGUAGAAGCUGCCCGGCAGCCCCAGGACUCCCCUGACUCAGCCCACGCAAAGGUGUCUGGCUGCUUUGCUGCGGUCUUGGGCCGGGAGUCUCCCCAGCUCACCCAGCUUUGAUGAAUCACCAGGAAGACGCACAGGACUGCCCACAGCUGUGCUCACAAUUACAAAGAAGGAUGCAAGCAAAGGCAAUCAGCACAAAAAAAAAAAAAAAAAAAAAAAAAAAAAAAGGCCGGUGGGAGGGACAUGGAGCAAAAUCCAGGGAAAACCAGAUGCAAGCUCCCAAGGUCUCUCUUAGGGGAGACGCCAAAGACACACUUCCUGCAGCAGCAUGUUGUGGUACUAUGUGUGCAACACUGCCAGUCAGGGAAGCUCAGCGCAGACACCCAGAGCGUUACCGGGCACCUCUUCCUGGCACAUACCCUGAUCCCAGGGUCCCGGGAGGCAAGCAGAUAGCUGGCAAGCAUCACGCUCUGUGUUCAGCUGAGGCACACCCUCCUCAGCCAGGGAGUGCCUUCUCGAAAUCCAGAGCUCGCAGCCACCAGCCAAGUGCCAGCCUUGGAAGCAGGCAUCUCAGGGGGUGAGGAGGGGCCGGCGUGCGGCUCACAAGGGUGGCACUCGCGACAUUGUCACCCCCUAUCCGAGUGUUGGUUAGAGCCCUGGCGUCUCCACUUCUGAUCCAGCUUCCUGCUAAUGCUCCUGGGAAGAUAGCAGGAGGUGGGCCAAUCGCUCGGGCCCCUGCAACACCCACGCGGGAGGCCCAGGUGGAAUUCUGGGCUUCGGACUUCA